GACCGCCUUCAACAACAACGUGGGCGUGGCCUACGAGUGCCUGCGCGCCAGCGGGCGCAAGAAGAGGCCGGGGCUGGACGGGCGCACCUACAGCGAGCUGCUCAAGCGCGUCUGCAGGGACGGCCAGGCCCCUGACGGGGUGGUGGCGCCGCUGCUGCGCAAGAUCCAGUGCCGCGACCACGAGGCGGUGCCGCUGGGCGUCUUCCGCGCCGGCAUGCUCACCUGCUUCGUCCUUCUGGAGUUCGUGGCGCGGGCCGGCGCCCUGUUCCAGCUGCUGGAGGGCCCGGCGCAGGCCGUGGCCGACCGGCGGCCCAGCGUCCCCAUGACGCGGGAGGAGUUCCUGGAGAAGGCGGCCGCCCUGUUCAUCGCCAAGGUCAAGCCGGUGGGCUGAGCCGCCUCGCCCGCCCCGGCACUGGGCGCCCCGGCCCUGGAGGAUGUGGGAGCCCGCCCGCUCUGCCGUAAUAAAGCCCUCCCCAGCUCA